AUGGAUCAAAAUGCACAACAAACGAGGCACAUUGCUGCCAACCUUGAGCACGGAGCUGAUGGCAGUACAACCCUUCACACCAGGCUUCAGCAUGAGCCUUUGCGUCAUGGUCUAGCGGAGAAAAUACAGGAGGAUGUUGUCGCCAAUUCAGUAGAAGUUAAGGACGUAGGCUGGGACGAUGAUCAGAUACGGCCCGAGGACUAUGCCUCCGAUGGCAUAAAGAACAAAGAUAUCUGGCUUCUCACCCGAAGGUUCAAUAAACGUGUCUUCCAUCUCAAACAUGCCCCAAAUCACCCAGAAGAUGAGAUGGAUUUCAACGUUGCUGAAGAGGAGCAAUUCUCUCCAAACAAGCUACGUGCACAAAUCGAAAGACUUUACAUGGGGGCGGCAACACGUCUCGAGACUCCAGUCCUGGAGGGAACCAAGGCGAACAUCAUGCUUCUGUCUGGUUUGAUGGCCAUCCUGCUCUCUCCCAAAAUUCGGAAUACCUUAUUCCCGCCUUGCCCCCCUGCACUAGUCCAUUACCAAGGCGGCCACUUAAUAAAGCCGGCUGCGGGUAUCCUAGGCACCGUCGAUACAGCUACAGGCGCUCCAGAGAGCCUCAAGGGCGAGACUCUGGAGAGAGAAGCCAGCAACUUUGCCACAGGCCUUGUGGCUCUUUCCAUCAAUAUCUUUGUCGACAAAGAUCCGCAGCACGACGAGUCACAAAGAGGAGGUGGAAAGACUGCUAACCUUUCGGAUCCAAGAUCGUUAGCUACUAGGAUAGCAACCGCGAAGGAUAAGGCAGCCGGAAUCGAGAAACCGUCCUGGGACAAGAGCAAAUCGCCUAUGCAGGAGCUCAUGUGGAGUCAAGUGAGACCCUUGAUGCACUGGGUAUGUCGCUUCUGCGAUAUAUGGGAGAGAAGUGCAAAAAUUGUUACCUUGGGGAUCGGAGUCGGUUUUUUCGGUAGCAUCUUCUUGAGAAACUCGUAUGGUUGGCUAAAGUAUAAGAUGGAAAGAAUUGUAUUCCGGGGAAUACCGACAGAUUCCCAAUUGACAAUAGCCCUUUUACGACACGGUGAACGAAACAAUACCCCUCUGCCGCCAUCCCCCGAACCAAAAGGUCCGCCUCUUGACGAACCUCACGUCCUUGAUGGUGAUGAUCUCAGUGCAUCAACUGGUGAUCGUCCAGUGGGAGCGUCACCGGAAGAGAUCCGGAAAGCUGUCCAGGAAGAGCCUGGAGUCGUAAGAGAUACCGGAGGCGAUGACCAUGAAUACCCUGACCAUGAGACCGGUGGGAAAAGACGCGGCAAGCUCUUAGGCGUCGUCAAACCUGUUGUUGAGGCAGCAGCAAGGACAGUCAUAGGAGUCAACAAGAUACGAGCAAAGACUGGAACGGUAUCUGCUAAGAACCGUGUUGGAGCUGCAUCGACAAGGGAAAAGCCGUCAAUUGCCGGACCAGUCGAGUUCACAUGUCGCUGGCAAGGCGAGAAGGGUUUUGCAUAUCUCACAACCGAUACUUCAUCCCCUUGUCUUUGUUUUUCUAGAAGAUCUACGGGAGAUUCGGACGGUUCUGGCUAUCAUGAGAUUCAUCCUACAUGGACGAUCCCCGUCAAGGACAUCACUACACUGAACAAGUAUUCUGGGUACGGGGCCAAAGCGAAACUCCUUGCUGGAUGGGCACUUGAGGCUGAGAUUAUCGAUGGUAUGGAGAUAGUUGAUAGUGGAGGGAAGUCUAGGUUGCUCACAGCCAUGGCUCGUAGGGAUCAGCUGUUCAACCGACUUUGUGCCAUUGGUGACCAGAAAUGGGAAAUCUGGUAG